UGUGACAAAGGCGUCAUCUAUGUCAAUACUAUGGAGAUGUUUUAAAGCAAAAUCUAGCCCGCCUGUCACUUUUUACACGAUUAUCACUGACCUAAAUUUUGAGGCUUGGGGGUGAGAAAAGAUGCUUUGAAUCAUCCGGAUUUGUUUGUAAUCUGGGUCAUGCAAUUUAUUCUAAAUUCGUUUGAGGGCUCAUGAGUGGUCUACCUACUGGCUACCGCACUGAAGAUGAUUUUCGCAGAAAAAUGAGCGCAGUCUAAAAAUGCAUUUCAACGGAUGGACAUUCAUGACAGCAGUCAACAUCGAACAUUCACCCACAAUAAUUAUUUUGAAGUCUCUCGAUUGUAUCCAGGCAAUUAUGCGUUCGUGAAACAUUAUAGUCGCUAAAAAUAAUGCCAGGACUGAAUGGCAAAUGGAGUUCCCUCAUUUUUGUCGUUUGGACCGUCAGUUGCGCAUUUAUAUUUUGUGAGUAUUUGAUAUAUUAUCCAGCAAUUUUUCAGUGUGCUUGGCCGGAGAUGGAUCGUGCACCAAGCGGAGAAAGCAGAGACCGGGAGCCUGUUCCAAUUCUCCGCGCUUUGAUCCUUUCGGAUACACAUCUCUUGGGAGCUAUCAGGGGACACUGGUUCGACAAACUCCGAAGGGAGUGGCAGAUGGAGAGGGCUUUCCAGACGGCGAUGUGGCUACUGCGGCCAGAGGUGGUCUUCAUUCUUGGAGACGUCUUCGACGAGGGAAAGUGGAGUUCCACAAAGAACUGGGACGAUGACGUCCGGCGCUUUCACAAGAUGUUCCGUCACCCAAGAGACACAGAGCUGAUUGUUCUUGUUGGGAACCACGAUGUCGGCUUCCAUUCCGAGAUGAACUGGUAUAAGCUGCAGCGCUUCGAGAAGGUCUUCAAUGUCACCUCUGCCAGAAUAGUCACUAGGAAAGGAGUCAAUUUCCUGCUGGUGAACAGUGUGGCCUUGCACGGGGAUGGCUGCCCCAUCUGCCAGACAGUAGAGAGUGAGCUCCUUCGCCUUUCCCAGGACCUCAACUGCUCUCUGCAGCAGAGCAUGCAGGCAGCCCCCAUGGCAGAAGACUGCAGCGAUGCCCGGUGGCUCCCCUUCUCCCGGCCUGUCAUCCUGCAGCAUUACCCUCUGUACCGAGUCAGUGACGCCACCUGCACAGGACAAGAUGCCACCCCACCCGAGCAUCGCCACCUGCUGUUCAAAGAGCAGUAUGACGUGCUCUCUCAGGAAGCCUCUCGGAAGCUUCUCUGGUGGUUUCAGCCCCGCCUCAUACUGAGUGGCCACACCCACAGCGCCUGUGAAUUUCUCCAUGCAAACAAGUACCCCGAGAUCAGCGUUCCCUCCUUUAGCUGGAGAAACCGCAACAACCCAAGCUUCAUCCUGGGCUCUUUCUCCUCUGCCAGCUACAUGCUGUCCAAGUGCUUCCUCCCCGAGGAGAGCACGGUUAUCACCAUCUACUGCAGCGCUGGGGCCGCCGUCCUGCUGCUACUGCUGCUGCUGCACCUCCACACAGUCCGCUGCACCCUGCAGCUCGCCGGCUGCCUGCUGGCCAAGCACAAGACUGUCUGACUCCGCCCCUCAGGCCUCUGGACCAAUAAAAGCACACAUACUCUCCCAACUUAUUCCUUCUGGCCCAAAAGCAGCACAUGUACCCUUCCCCAUUCCUCCCUGUGGACCAAUAAAAGCACACAUACCUACCAGCUAUUUCCCUGUGGACCAAAAGAAGUACAUAUACCCUCACACAUUCCUCCCUCUGGACCAAAAGAAGCACAUGUACCUUCCCAUUCCUCCCUGUGGACCAAAUUAAGCACACAAACCCUUCCCCAUUCCUCCCUGUGGACCAAAAUAAGCACACAUACCCUUCCCCAUUCCUCCCUGUGGACCAAUAGAAGCACACAUACCCUUCCCCAUUCCUCCCUGUGGACCAAUAGAAGCACACGUACCCUUCCCCAUUCCUCCCUGUGGACCAAUAAGAGCACAUGCCACUCAAACAGUGGUCAGAAAUGCAGGGAACCAAUGAAAGCAAACAAGCACCUCUAGCCUCAAAGCGAGUACGAUCCCCAGAUCCUGUCCACUGCUUUGCGUGGGCCCCCAUUGUUCUCUCUGCACAGCGGAGCAUCAGCCUGGAACGACAGUGGUCCCUCCCUAUCCAGUUUGGAUAUUCAGCAUCUGAAAAAGGGGAGUUUGCCCUACCACACACCUGCUGAAUACAAGCCUCUAAUGAACCCACUUCAGACAGGUACUCUGGACCCUGGGGGUACCGGACUAAUAGAGGCAAAUGCCAAACUGGGGUUUGUACAACUCAGCUUAAUACUACAAAAUGGCCAGCUAAUUACCAACACAAGUGAGAGACAAGCAUGAAGACACAAUGAACCCAUGUACAACAUGAAGCAUUAUGGUGGAUAUGAAGUAUUACAGUGGACAUGAAGUAGCACAGUGGAUAUUAUUUAUUAUGGUGGAUAUGAAGCAUCCUGGUGGAUAUGAAGCAUCCUGGUGGAUAUGAAGCAUCCUGGUGGAUAUGAAGCACCCUGGUGAAUAUGAAGCAUCAUGGUGAAUAUGAAGCAUCAUGGUGGAUAUGAAGCAUCCUGGUGGAUAUGAAGCAUCCUGGUGGAUAUGAAGCAUCCUGGUGAAUAUGAAGCAUCAUGGUGGAUAUGAAGCAUCAUGGUGAAUAUGAAGCAUCAUGGUGGAUAUGAAGCAUCAUGGUGAAUAUGAAGCAUCAUGGUGGAUAUGAAGCAUCAUGGUGAAUAUGUAUUGUGCCAAAAAUAUUGGUGCCAAAAGUUAUUUAUAUAUUUUCUUAAAAGCCAAACUGCAUCAGUUGUUAUGCUGUGUAGGAUUUGCAUAAAAUGGUUUAAGAGAAAUAUUCACACAAAAUAUCAAAUUCUGCACUGAAAAUAAAAUCAAGUCUUCUAAUGUGCCGCUUUAUUAAAAGAAAAUAAAAAUGUCAUUUUUUUGUAAUUCUCAGGUUUACACACCUCACUUUCUCUCUUACUAUAUACUUGCACAAUAAAAGCUGCUGUUGGUUCUAGGAAUGAAGAUCCUAUCUAGGGGCGCGCGCACAUUCACAAUGUCUCUGAAUGACCCAAGAAUUACCAAAUCUCACUUGCAUUUAUUCUUCUCACUCUAGACAUGCUUAUGUAUGUGUGUAUGUAUACACAUUUACUCUGUGGACAUACAUAGGUAUGUAUACACCUAGGCACACACAUAUUUAAA